GUGAGGUGGGCGGGGCUUCGCCGAUGGUGUGAAGAUGGCGGCGUCCAUAGUGCUAAACUUGGACAGUUUACCUUCGGAUCCUUUACUGUUGAUUUUGUCAUUUCUUGACUUCAGAGAUUUGGUCAGCUGCAGCCUUGUAAGUCGACGUCUGAAUGAGCUUACAGGCCACAAUCCUUUAUGGAAGGUGCUUUGCAAGAAGCACUGGCUUCUCGCAGAGGCGGAUAAGUCUCAUAGAGGGCAGAGCUGGAAGGAGCUAUUCCGGGAGUUUUAUAUCGAUCUGGGUCGAUACAUUGAUCACUACAGCAUGCUGAAAGAAUCCUGGGAAAAUUUGAAAUCCUAUCUGGGCCAGAAAUGUCCACGAAUGAUCGCCUCCCUCAAAGAUGGCGCUAAAGAGGAGGAACUGGAUGCCAUUGAGGCUCAGAUUGGCUGUAAGCUUCCCAACGACUACCGUUGCUCGUACAGGAUACACAAUGGACAGAAACUUGUGGUACCCGGGUUGAUGGGCAGUAUGGCUCUGUCCAAUCACUACCGCUCUGAGGACCUGCUGGACAUUGAGACAGCAGCAGGGGGGUUCCAGCAGAGGAAGGGCAUGCGGCAGUGUCUCCCACUGACCUUCUGCUUCCACACGGGCCUUAGCCAGUACAUGGCCCUUGAGAGUGUAGAGGGACGGGUCCACAGUGAGAUUUUCUACCACUGUCCGGAUCAACUUGCACAAGAUCCGUCCGCUAUUGAUAUGUUCAUCACAGGAUCUAACUUUACUGAAUGGUUUACCUCAUAUGUCCAAAACGUAGUCACUGGCGAAUACCCCAUCAUUCGAGACCAGAUCUUCAGGUAUGUCCAUGAUAAGAAGUGCGUGGCCACCACUGGCGACAUCACUGUGUCCGUGUCCACCUCCUUUCUGCCUGAACUCAGCUCUGUCCAUCCACCACACUUCUUCUUCACAUACAGAAUCAGAAUCGAGAUGGCGCGGUCGGCACUGCCGGAAAGUGCAUGCCAGUUGGACAGCCGCUACUGGAAGAUCACCAAUGCCAAUGGGAAUGUGGAGGAGGUCCGAGGCCCCGGGGUUGUGGGUGAGUUUCCAGUGAUGACCCCUGGUAAAGUGCAUGAGUACGCUAGCUGCACCACCUUCUCCACCACCUCUGAGCACAUGGAGGGUCACUACACUUUUCACCAGCUCAAAAACAAGGAGGAGAUCUUUGAUGUGUCUAUUCCCCGAUUCUACAUGGUCUGCCCACCAUUCCGUGAGUCUGCAGUACGAUCGGGUGCUCUCUCUCCCCUGAGGUCCACCUCCCCUCACAACGCUGUGAGUGAGGCACCUGUUGGCCUCUUCAACAAUGACAACUCUGCAGAUACUGAUGACUUCGAGGAGGAAGGGCAGCUCGACAUGAAUGUGGCCGGCCACGGGGGCCGCUCUCACACACGCACACACACACAGGCACGCGCACAGAAGCCCAAGAGCAAAUGAGAGCAACAGAUUUAGACUUCCAUUGUUUAUUAUACGGAAGGCUUUGUGUCUGCCCCCUCAUGAACCUUCCAGCGUGUGUGUGUGUGUGUGUGUGUGUGCGUGUGUGUGUGUGUGCGUAUG